AUGAAAAGUUUCGCCGGAUUCUUUUGGACCUCAAAGCUCAAUCAAGCACUUGGGCGUAUCGCUGCUCUCAAACACCAAAUUCAGCAUACUGUACCAAUCCAAAUUGCUUGGAAGACAUGUCCUCGUUACACUUUGAGUAUCGUUUUGUGGAAUAUAAAUCUUGCUGGUGCCUUGAAUUUCCGACACAUCUUUAACCGAUUGUGA